AUGGCGAGUGGUGAUAAUAUGAAUAGUGUAGUUUCUCAAGCUGUUGUACCCGAUGGUGAUUGGGGAUGGGUUAUUGUAUUUGCAACCUUUAUGAUACAUUUUAUAAUUCAUGGAUUUUAUAUGUUAAUAGGUAUUGGUUUUGGAUUAAUCUAUUUACCAGCUAUUGUUUCUGUUAGUUUCUAUUUUGAAAGUAAACGUUCUUUUGCUAUGGGUAUUGCGGUUUGGGGCUCAUGUUGGGGUACACUUGUAUUUCGAACUACUAUGUCAUAUAUUAUAAAUGCACCAUUAUGGUUUGGUUAUGAACGUGCUCUUCUACUUGAGGCAAUAGUUAUCUUUAUUUGCGUUAUAUUUGCUGCUUUAAUGAUUCCAUUGCCACAAGAGCCAAGCGAAAGAAGACGGAUAGAACGAAAAACACGAGAAAAUACUAAACGGCGAGGACUCAAAACAGAAACUACAAUUAGUCGAAAUAGUGAGCAACAAAGUCAAUUACUUUCAACAAAUCGAGAAAGUCAGAUCUCAUGGCAAGAAGUAAGUGUAGUUUCAACAGAAUCAACUGCAGUUGUUCCUGUUGAACAAGAAUGUAUACUAUCGAAUGCUACACAUCGAACAUCAUUGCCAAAUUUGAAGAAAAAUGACCUCUAUAGUAAUAAUCCUACAGAUGAAACUCUUUCGACAUCUCGUGAAAAUGUGUUAAAAACAAUAACAAUUGAUCUACCAGUUGUAAUUUCACAGAAAGAUGCAAUUUAUCAAGAUAGUUUGCAUAAUAUUCCGUUAAAUAACGACGAUACUGAUGAAUAUCAUUGUCAAAUUAUAAAAAUAAGUGAUAUGAAAAAUGAAACAAUUACAAAAGUUACAGAAAAGUCAUUUCUUGCAAAAACUGUUGAGCAAAUUGAUUUUAGUUUACUAAAAAAUGCUGCUUUUGCUUUAUUUGUUAUAUCAAAUUCUCUAACAAGUCUUGGUUUUUAUGUUCCAUACACUUUCGCUUAUGACUUAGCUACCAAUGCUGAAGUUAUUGAACAUCAAAGACAUUGGAUAAUUAUAUCUAUUGGUAUAGGCAAUCAUUUUGGUCCAGUUAUUAUCGGUUAUUUAGCUGAUCGAUCAUGGGUUAAUCGCUUAACAUUAUACAAUAUAGCAUUAAUAAUUGCUGGUAUAACGACAAUGUUUGCACCAUUUUGUAAUUCUUAUGUUCAUGCACAUAUGACUUAUGCUUUAUUAUUUGGAUUUUUUUCUUGUGGUUAUGUUGUUUUAACACCAAUUAUUAUUGUAGAUCUGGUUGGUAUUGAUAAAUUAUCUGAUGCUUUUGGUGUUCUUUUAUUAUUUCGAGGUAUUGCUGCUGCGAUUGAAACACCAAUUGUUGGCACAGGGCGUGAUGCUUUUCCAAGUUCUGAUCGACCAUAUCUCUGGCCAUAUCUAAUAUCUGGUGGUUCACUUUUAUUAAAUGGCCUUAUUUUAUUUGCUAUUCCAGGAUUAAAACGACGAAGAGAACGUUGUCAAUAA